AUGGGCGGCGGCUGGGCGGGCGUGAGGGAGAAGCGGUUCGGGCGGCGGGAGAUGACGCCCGAGAGGAAUGAGGUGGAGGUCAUCUCGGGCCUCGGGACCGGAGCCCUCAUGCAGCUUCACCCCAAAAACCCGUUCACAUGGAGCCUAGGAAACGGCUCCACCCUGGCCAUCGAUUGGUUCGAGUUCCCUUGCCCCCCGCGGCAGGCCCUCAACCUGAUGGGAGGCAUUAACUCCCGGGACCCGGAUGUGUAUGCCUACGAAGACCUCGGCGUCGCAGUGCACGCGACGGCCAUUGGCGCCCCGGUCGGCGUGUACGGGGCCUCGACGAGCAUUUCCACGGCAGGGAUGGAUCAAACCGUAUCGCGGCUCGGCCGUGCGUACGGGUCGGACGUGCUUUCCACCACGCAAUGCGUCCGAACCAUGGUCGCAAAUCCAGUAUCCUGCCGCGCCGAGGGGGAGUUUGGCUUUGACGACAAGGGGGCCAUCUUCGUUCGGUCGCGCGACGGGUUUUGUAGCGUUUCUAAUACGAACGGGAGCGAAUGCAGCGGGGACAUUGCUAUGAUCAGCGGUCUCUGUUCCUUUCCGGAAAUCAGACGAGCAACUAUUCUCCUCGGCGCCAGGCGCAAUUACAGGGACAUUUUGGCCGGGACAAUCGGGGAACCGUCCGCCAACGGAGGAAAUAUCACUGUUACCUGCACCGUGGACGCGCGGGACGUGUUCCGCUAUCGAAACGUUACGCUCAACUUUCGCGACGCCGAGGGGAUCGCCAAGACGAAUCUGGGACGGCAGCUUAGCGGGUCAACCGAGGACUGCGGGGCGUUCCGUACUGAAGACAACGUCGCGCUUCUAGCCAUGGCCUCGAUCGCGAGCAAGCAGAGCCUUUCCCAGUGCGCAGCCAGUGGCUUCUUCGACGCGAUCAACCAGUUCACCACCGAUACACGGAGGACCGACCAGAGGUCAAGGGGGCCGCCCUUUGCCUUUUCCAAUUCUCGGAAUGCUCUGGAGGACGUCCUCGGGCUAACGACCGCGCUCGUCACCACACGGUUUAACGGUACGCCGAUUGAGGUACCCGCUACCGCGACCGUCGCGGUUUCGCGUGUUGGGAGCGGCGAGGCGUUCGGGCUGGUGUAUCUGGUUCCGCAUUUGUUUGCUGCGGCCGUCUUGAUCGCUCUGAUGGCGACGAAUAUGCGAGGAAACACAAAAGUAACCGCGGCUCAGCUCAAAAACUUGCCGACGGAGCUCCUCGCUUCCUCCGCCGAAAAGCGGCCCUUGAUAUAAAGAAAGAAAGCCUUUGAUCUAUCACCUCGGCGCCUAAUAAGCCUAUUAUUAUUAGUUAGACUUUCUUCACUCCUAUUUUAACUUUUAAAUUUUACUGAUUACAUGUAUCCUUUGCC